AUGAUUAAACUGAGCCGAGCAUGGACCGAAUCCGCCACGGCUCACGGUCUGCAAAUCCGGCGAGGCGCGCGGAGACCGAAACCGAACCAAGUGGGCCGGAACCAACCCGACUCCUGUCAGCAGCAGCGCAAGCAGACGGCGGGCCCGACUCUGCUGAUCCAGAGGCAGGAGAUGGUAGCCUUCUUCAGACUGUUUGAUGAUGAUCUGAUACAGGAUUUUCUGUGGAUGGACUGCUGCUGCAAACUUACAGACAAGUAUUUGCUGGCUAUGACGUUUGUGUACUUCAGGAGGGCUCGUUUCAGUGUCGGUGAACACAACAGAAUGAAUUUCUUCAUUGCCCUUUAUCUGGCAAACACAAUGGAAGAGGAUGAGGAGGAGACCAAGUAUGAGAUCUUCCCCUGGGCUCUUGGAAAGAGCUGGAGGAAACAUUUCCCUCGAUUCCUAAAGCAAAAGGAUCAACUCUGGGCAUGCAUAGAGUACAGAGCUGCUGUCAGCAGACGAUGCUGUGAGGAGGUAAUGGCUAUCAUGCCAUCUCACUUCAUCUGGCAGCGUGAGCGUGCAGAACAUCACAGUGGAGCUCAGAGACUGUACCGAAACCGGGAGGAGAUCCUCAUUCCCCGUGGACCCUCUGUUUCUCCAGAGCCUUGUUCUCUAUGUGCCAAGACCUCUGCUCAUCCCCGGCCUCGUCCAUCCUCCGCUGGAACCCGCUCUUCAGCAGUGCCCCUCGAGACUACACCACAAAAGUCAGAAACCUCUCGCAGACCUAGUAAGAUGACAAAGGCUAAGCGCACCUGUACCUGCACAAAUAGAGCAGGAUGUGAUGUGACCAGUGAAAUGUGUCGAGAUCAUUCGAUGGACUGGAUCAGUGAAGAGUAG